UAUACAUAUAUAGAUAGAUAGAUAUAGAUUCAUAUUUAUUUUCCCAUACUUAUUUAAGUAACAAAACAAGUUUUCUCCUCAAAAUGAUCCGGCUAUUAACUGUUAUCAUAUAUAUGUUUGCGAUCAGUUCAAAUGCAAAUCCACAUGGUUAUUUGAAAAGUGAAGUACCUGAAGCAGUAUUAGAUUCAAAUUCAUUCAUUGAUAAUAGUCCAUAUUAUUAUCAAAGAUCACAUAUUCCUAAAUGGUGGAAAAUAAUGAAUGAAAAACGUUGGUUUCCUAUCAAAGAAUUUCGAGGUGGAUUAAUGGAAGUUUAAUUAAUUAAAAUCUAUUUCAUAAAUGUUAAUUUCUAUAAGUUAAACAUUAAAAAAAAUAAUUAAAUAAAAUUAUUCUCGCAAAUGA